ACACUAUCGAGUACCAAUGGCUCCGCCUAAGAAGAUGAGCUUGCAGGAGUUCUUCGACAUGUGUAAGUAUUACGAAACCAUCAACAUCAUGGGAUGUCCACACCUCAAGCUGCGCCAUAAUGGGGCACCCUGAGUGCAGAUUAAUCGGUCAAUACUAACUGCUAGCGUACGGAGGCUCCUGGGCAGAUGAUGACAUCAAUAUGGCAUCUAUCUCUGUGCCAAUCGAGAAAGGAUAUGGCUCACCGUACCCAGGGGACCACUACGGUCGCCCAGGUAACAACUAUUCCCGGCAUCCUGGUGUAGGAGGAGGACAAGGGCCCCCCUACAUCGUGAAAUUGUUAAAUUUGCCUAUUACUGCCGACGACGGAUUCGUCGAAGACCUUUUUAGGAGCAGAUAUACCCAAUUUGUGAAGUUCAAGAUCGUGGCAGACCCCUCCUCCAAUAUAUUGGAAACGCACGUCAUCAAGAAAGUGGCCUUUGUUGAGUUGCAUUCCGCCGCAGAUUUGGCUAAGGCUUUGAAAUGGCAGGAUUUGUACUACAAAGGAAACAGAAGAGUGGUGAUCGAAUUGGCAGACUUUGGCGAUUUCCAGCAUUGUAUUAAUUUCAACAAAGAGCAUGAGCAGGAUAUCGCAAGAAUCCAAGAAGAUUUUCUUGCCGGUAGACACCGUGAUGGCGCUUUUGGACCUAGAGGCUCCACCUCAAGGUCUCCAGUGAGGGGCAAUCCUCCUCUCAACUCUACCAGACCCACACCUGCAUUCGACAAUGCACCUCCCCUUGUUCCCCCAGGUCCACCAAAGCCCAAGUUUAAUCCUUUUGGGGCUGCAAAACCCGUUGAUGUUUUAUCCAAAGAGAAGGAAAUUGAAAAGAAGCUCAUUAACCUCAACAAAACUACAGUACAAACUUUGGGUCCUGAUGGCGAAGCAGUCGAUGUACAAUCAACCAUCAAGCAUUUUCAUGAAGCUGCUUCUCCCAAAUUGAGAAGAAACUCCAUAAACAAUUCUAGAAGAUCGUCAACGGAGGGAAGGAGACCUUCAGUUUCUAUUCUUAAGAGACCAUCGAUAUCGAACACGGCGCCUCAACAAGAUAUCACCGAAUCGACCAAGCAUAGAGAUACAAAGAAGACACCACUUUCAGCAACUCAACAAUCGGGUUCAGCUUCAAAUUCGCAUCCAGCUACUGCUACUAAUCAACCCGCGAACGCAGUUGCAACUCCGCCUCCUCAGAAUGUUUAUGAUACAAAUGGCAAGAGUCUUGCCGAACUUUUGAGUGGUAAAAAUACCAGCAUUUCAGAGAUAAGAGGCAGAAACUCUUCACGGUCUCAAAAGUCGUCACCUAAGCCUGUCGUCUCAAAGCCAGUAAUUUUGAAGAAAAAGGUUCCAGUAACUAGUUCUUUAAAUACGGGAUCGAGUUCACAGAUCAGUGAAGAUAAAGAUAAGGCGACAAUUAUUGAAGUAUCUAGUCUUAACCCUGAUGAUGUUGCUCAAUCUGAUCAAAUUGUCAAACAGUUGGACCUGGUCAAUAAGGAAGAACCCAUUCAAAAUGAUCCUAUCACAACCAAAGUAGACGUCGAGUCAAGUAUAGAACCUGUGAGGCAAUCGGUUAACCAACUUCAAUUGCUGAAUCAGAAUUUGGGUCCAUAUAAAGCUGAUGCUGUGUCAUCUCAAGAGAAUCAAAGAGAUGAGGUGAAAGGAACUGGGGUACCUCAAGAUUCUAAAAUUGCUCCUGUCAGGCCAAUUGAAGAUGAUAGACCCGACUUCAGAAAGCACUUGAGUGAGUUGGUGAACAAGAAAGUGUAUCUGGAUAAAGAGAAACGUCUGAACCGAAACAAUCGCCAUGACAAAUAUCACGGUCAUGAUAAUGGUGAAGUUGAAAAUCAAAGAUUGUCGUCCGAAGAUGGCAGACCUCGUAACAGAGGCUUCAACAAUGGCCAUGGCCACAGAUACAGAAAUAGAUCGCCGAAAACCUACUCCUCAAGAGGUGGUAGAUAUGCUCGUUCUGAAGAACAUAAUGAAGCAGAUUCUAAGCCCAACAAUGAUGGUCAAAAGAAUGGUGAUCCCACUGAAACAAGAAGAAACAAGAAGAAAGAUACAGACUCCAGUGGUGCUAGUAAGUCUUCAUCGGUAGACCCAUCUGCUGAAGGCAAGGGUGAUAUCCAAAAUGGCUCAGCCUCGGAAACAAAUGGCUCCAGUGAAUUGCACAAUCAACAAGUUCCACAUUCCACGGCAAAUAAUGAGGUAACUCAGCAAGCAAGGGGUGACACCGAAAAGAAUUCCGAUGUCUCAGGAAAGCCCGAAAAUGGACAAGUGAAUCUAGAAUCAGAAGCCAAAGGUGGAAGACCUAGGGGUAGAGGCAGGGGCCGUGGUUCAUCUAGAGGCUCUUCAUUCUCCAGGGGAAGAAGCGGUUUCAGAGGAAGAGGGUCUCACGGUCACAAUCUUCAGUACGUAAGGCCAAAACCAACUGAAGAGUUUAAAGCAGAACCUAACUGAGCUUCUGUAAGUAGAGAUCUUGAAAGCUGUUAUCAUCCAGUACAACUGUAUAGAUAUGUAUGAAGUAAUGUAUUCUAAAAUGAUUGUAUUUGCUCAAAUUGUUUGAGAGCUACAUGUCGUAAACAAGAAGUAUUUGAUAUUAAACCAUUGACCCUAAAUACACACAC